AUGGUAAAUGGACAGCAAUAUAUUGAUGAAAAUUAUCCUAUCACAAGUCGUGGCAAUAUUACUGAGUUGGAUCUAAGUAACAAAAAUCUGGAAGGAACUAUAACAUUUAAUAAUAGUGGAUUUAUUAAUCUUCUUAAACUAAAUCUCUCUUCUAAUAUGAUAACUAAUAUUCAUUAUGAAUUACCUUCUAUUCUACAAAUUGAUGUUUCCCACAAUUUUCUUAGUAAUACUCGUUCAUAUUCUUCCUCCACCAUACGAAAGUUAAACUGCUCAUUUAAUAAGAUAACUGUUUAUAAUCUCAAUGCACCUAAUCUUACUCAUUUUGAUUGUAGUAAUAACUUAGUAUCUUCAUUAGAUAUCUCAAGUAAUGUCUUGGAAGAAUUAAUCUGUUCACGUAAUCCCAUAACUUUAGUACCUUUGAACAUUACUUCUAAACUUACAUCCUUUGACUGUGUGGGAAUUCAAUUUAAUAAAACAAGCACUAUUUUAACUUCUUCACCAAUUAGUCCCACAUCUCCCAAUUCCUUUAAUACAUCACCUAAUUCUUUUGAUAACUUUAGUUUAGUGGCAUAG